AUGGAAAUCCAAUCCAAUCUGUCUUUCUUUCUCCAUGUGACCUGCAGUACUGAUGUUUCCAAGGAUUUUGUUUACAACCCGUUAAGGAAAGAUAGACAAGCUGCUCUCCGAGUAUACAGCUUUCCGUGGAAAGGAGAUCGAAGAGUGCAAUUAGUGGAUCGUUCCACAUUCAUCAGCAUAAACCAAAAUUUGGUGUUCCUUAAAGGAGAAAAGGAAGAAGGAUUCAUGGAGGAUGAUCAAGGAGUGAUGGUUGCAAAAAAGGCCAACUUUAGAAGCUGGUUAGGAAAAAUGUUUACCGACAACUCCCAUGAUUCUCACCAGUUACCUGCCACGUCAAAGGCCCUAGAGAAUGAAAAUCAGUGGGAAAAUUAUGCCCAAGAGAUUGAAAAUUAUUUCGAACAUUUGCUGUCGUUGAAUUUAGAUGAAGAAAUCUGCAAGGAAGAGAAUGAUAUUUUGCAGGCUGGUUCAACGGAACCAGGUGUGGCAGAAGAUGCUGUUUCUACUAUGGCUAUGAGUGUUGCAGCAAAAACGGCAUCUAUGAGAAGGAGAAUGGAGGGAACCCAGAAAAUGAUUCAAAUGAAGAGGGAAGAGAGUAAAGUCAAUUCAGAAAGAUGUGCAAAAGCUGAACGGGCUAAAUGUUUGUGCAAUAGCCGGGUUGAGGGACUUGAAGCGAAGAUUCAAGAAGAGGUCUUGAAUCGCUUAGAUUUAAGUAAAAGCUUAGAUGCCGAGAAUGAACAAAUUCAAGAAAUCAGACGUGAUAUUCAAGAAAGCAAGAAGAGGCUAAGCUCCCUUGUUGAGCUCCGAUCAGAGGUCUAUAGCAAACUCCAAACAUCAACCAUGGCAAGAUCACAUGUGGAGGUUCAGUUAGAGAAGGCAGUCAUUGCAAGAGCACAAAUGGUUAGAGAGAUCGAGGAGUUACGGAGACAAAGAGAUGUUCUUCGGCGUCGAAUCGAGUUCUGUAAGGAAAAGGAUGCCGUGGGAACGGUGGCAAAGUUGAAUGAAUUAUGUUGUGGUUACAGAGAGUACACUACAAAGGAUAUCAGAUCAGCAACAGACAACUUUUCUGAGAGUCUAAGAUUGAAAUCCGGCGGGCAUUGGACAAAUGUAUAUCGUGGGCGUAUCAAUCACACGACUGUUGCAAUCAAAAUGCUCAGUUUCGAUAAUGGGUUGUCUCAAGAAGCUUUUCUAGCUAAGGUGAAGGCACUUAACAGCAUUAGACACCCGCAUUUGGUUGCCAUUAUUGGGUCUUGCUCUGAGCCCAGGUGCAUCAUUUUUGAAUACAUGCACAAUGGAAGCUUAAGGGACAUCUUGUUUUCGUCCUCUCAAAGAAACCAUGGAAAAAGAAACCGGGCCUUCAGGUGGAAUCAUAGGAUUCGGGUAGCUCAUGAGAUAUGUUCAGGCCUGAGCUUCCUCCACUUGGCUCGACCCAGACCCUUUGCUCAAGUUCACUUGACCGCAUCGAAUGUCCUCCUCGAUCGCAAUCUAGUUGCUAAGAUCGGUGGGUUCAGACUAACUCAGAGUCCAGAUGCAAAUGAAACGCUGCCCAAUAUUCAGGCUUUUGGAGUUUUAUUGUUCCAACUUUUGACAGGGAGAAAUCGGACCGGGCUGGUCGAGGAGGCGAUGGCAAUGGACAAGACAGCCCUGCUUACGGUUUUAGAUGAGAGGGCCGGAAAGUGGCCAUUGGACUUGGCUUAUGAACUUGUUGGUAUAGCAACGAGGUGUUUGGAGUGCAAAGUAGAUUUCAGUCUAGCAAAAACGAGGGAAGAGCUUGAAAAGAUUACUAGAAAAGCUGAUGAUCUAGUUGCCAAAAGUGGAUGUGAGGUCGUAGUUAAUGGAAGUAUUGAUGAUAGAGAAGACUCAAGCGAAGCACCAAGCAUUUUCCUCUGCCCUAUAUUACAGGAGGUAAUGAAAAAUCCGCAUGUUGCAGCGGAUGGAUUUUCGUAUGAGUUGGAAGCCAUCGAGGAAUGGCUAAACACAGAGCGGGAUACUUCACCGAUGACAAAUUUAAGGCUUAAGCACAAAUUCCUUACUCCGAAUCACACCCUUCGUUCCCUAAUUCAAGAAUGGAAUAGAAGGAAAUCCACUGCUUCCUGACAUGAUGCACUGUAUUCAUUACUAUGUAAUUACUCAUGCUAUCUGCUGAUUGCACGCUUGAAUAAAGCUCAACUGGAGCUUGAUCGGAAAGUUCGUGACUGAGAAGAUGGCGAAAGCUUAGCAAGCCACUCACUGAGAGCUAAUAAUGCAGCAAACGCCACAUGCAAAAGCCCGAAGAAACUUUCUACCAAAUAGACAUAUAUUGUAAUCUGAACACCAAGUUUCUUCCAAUUACAAUAGUAUUACUAAUUCUGUAGUGCA